CGACCCCUCGCGCGCCCGCCGGUGGCGUAGGAGCCGCGGCCGCCAUGUCCAUCUUCACCCCCACGAACCAGAUCCGCCUCACCAACGUGGCCGUGGUGCGGGCGCGGCGCGGCGGAAAGCGCUUCGAGAUCGCCUGCUACCGCAACAAGGUCAUGGGGUGGCGCAGCGGAGCGGAGAAAGAUCUCGACGAGGUCCUGCAGACACACACGGUGUUCGUCAACGUUUCCAAAGGGCAGGUGGCGAAGAAGGAAGAUCUCGUUCAAGCCUUUGGGACGGAUGACCAAACAGAAAUCUGUAAGAUGAUUUUAUCAAAAGGGGAGCUGCAGGUAUCGGACAAAGAACGACACACACAGCUGGAGCAGAUGUUCAGAGACAUUGCGACUAUUGUGGCUGACAAAUGUGUGAAUCCUGAAACAAAGAGGCCAUACACAGUAAUCCUUAUCGAAAGAGCCAUGAAGGACAUUCACUACUCUGUCAAACCACACAAGAGCACGAAGCAGCAGGCCCUGGAAGUGAUCAGGCAGUUAAAGGAGACCAUGCAAAUUGAACGUGCUCACAUGAGGCUGCGAUUUAUUCUUCCAGCAAAGGAGGGGAAGAAACUGAAAGAGAAGCUCAAGCCCCUGAUUAAAGUUAUUGAGAACGAAGAAUUCCACGAACAGUUGGAAAUUGUGUGCCUUAUUGACCCAGGCUGCUUCAGAGAGAUUGACGAGCUGAUCCGGAGUGAGACAAAAGGGAAAGGAACACUGGAAGUGCUCAGUCUGAAAGAUGUGGAGGAAGGAGAUGAGAAGCUUGAAUAACGAAAACCUUCUGGCACAGUUCUACUUGAACAACAUCCUACGAAAUGACUGGUGUUAGCCACUGUCUUCUGUUAGGCCUUCAUGGUUUUUCCAGUCUCUUGCUGCCAAAUAUUUUCUGACACUAAUCCUUUAGGAUUUUUCCAUGCAGCGUGGGUUUUUUUAAAUCGCUUUACACUUGUUUGGUUUACAGAUGGGUUUGCCUGUAGGAACAUUUGGUGUCAGAGUUGCACUACUGAGGAUUGAGUUAAGACUUGAUAUGGAAGUUACUCUCGCUUUGGUUUGCUUUAAUUAAGGGGUGCAGUUGAAGAGCAUUUGACUGAUAGGGUGCCAAGAGGUUUUUCUUGAAGUUGUUGGUGUUGAGUGGGAGAUGGCAUAUGUGGCUGAGAGGUGGGUUUUGUACGUGAGGAGAGGAACCUGAAGAAAAGGGAGCUGCAUUUUCACUCUUAAACAGGUGCAAAGUGUGGAUCGUGUCUGAACUGAUCUCGUGGCAGCCUGAAAACUGACUUAGCCUUCUGUAAUUGGCUGCUCGAUAAUUAGAGUACUUUAAAGGACCAUUCUUAGAGAUUUCCUUCACUGGCUAUAACAGUACUUGCUGACUUAGAAAAAAAAAAUGUUCUCCAAAUAACUUAUUCAUAAAAUAUAUUUAGCUACAUUAAUAAAAAUGAACUAUCAUCUAUUUAUAUAUUACAGAUACAGAAAGAUAUAAAAGAAUUAUUUUUCAUUAAUAGUCUAGGAGGUGUCUCUGGCCGUGCCGAUGCUUUUUGUAGGCUGAAGGGUCAGCCUGCACUUGUGAGCUGUUCUCAUGUGCUAAAAUGCAUGUGGGACAGGCAGCGGUGGCCCCUGGUAGUUGAGCUAGACGGGCUUUGUUGGGCCGUAAUUCCCUGGCGGGAAUUGUUUGUACAUGCUCUUUUUCUUCUCAGUGCGGUAGAGAAAAAUUCUGGCAGCUGUCCUUUAGCCUCUCUCUUUUUAUGCGGCUUUCUAAUACAUGCACAGAAUUUCCUGAUUCUUGAACCAUUUUAUCCAUUUUAAAAUGCUUUCUCUUACCCUCAAGGUGAUCUUCUGUGGUGUUUCAGUUCUGCCUAGGAGAGUUUAGUGGUACAAUGACUAUAUUUGCCAUGUGGGCACAGCCUCUGUGGAGAUGUCUACGUGCGUGGACAGAUUGACAAGAUUCCUCAUGCGUACAAACCCUUGACUGCUUGUUUUUCAAGUGGCCAUCUCUUCGUGCAUACUUUAUGAAGGGCUGAAGAUGAUAACGUUGAUAUUUAGCUUGUCACUGGCAAUUAGCGCUAACAUGCAACUCGUAAAUCUGCAAAUGAGACACUGAGUAAGAGCCUCAGAUGAUACCGUGUUGGUAAUGCUUGAUUUCACAAUGCUGUCGUUUCUUUUUUUCCUGUGUUCAACAGCUAGAGUGCAGUCAGAUGGCUGCAGGUGAAAGAUCUUGAGUUACAGAAUCUUAAUCUGAGCUGAUUUAGGAGCUUGGUGCUAGUAAGGCAAUUUCCUUAUAAAGUCUUUCUGCAAAUCAAACAUUGAGGAUUUUUUUCUGGUAGAGGGAGCUUGAUUUUAUUUAUCAACAACUAAAUGUACAUGCUUGCAUUUCUUGUCAUAUUUGUAGUUCAGCAAGAAGGUAUGGUGAGCAUCGAAAUAAAUGUCAGUAUUGGUA